AUGGGUGAACAAUUAUUUCCAUAUUUUGCAAUGUUUUUGAUACAAUUAAUAUAUUCUGGUAUGACUUUGCUAUCUAAAUCCGUGUUCAAUGGAGGAAUGAAAACAUGUGUGUUUGUCUUCUAUAGACAAUUUGUUGGAGCCAUUAUCAUGGUUGCUUUGUCUUUGAUAUUUGGACGAAAACAGGCAGUGCCAGUGACGUUCUCGUUUAUGACUAUCUUCAAGAUUUUCAUGCUUUCAUUAUUGGGACUUACUUUAACUUUGAAUGUUCAUGGUAUUGCUCUUGCUUAUACUUAUGCUAUGUUGGCUGCUGCAAUAGUUAACUGUCUUCCAGCUUCUACAUUCUUCUUCGCCGUUCUGUUAAGAGUAGAGAAAGUAAAUUUAAGGACAAAAUCUGGAAUUGUGAAGAUAGGAAGUGUAUUAUUGUGCAUGGGUGGUGUAUCAAUAUUGGCAUUUUACAAGGGACCCCAAUUGCAUCAUCAUCGCAAUGAUCGACAACAUAACAAUCAUUUUUCAUAUAAUAAUAAAUGGAUCUUGGGUUCUUUACUCUUGUUCUUAUCCACCAUCAUGUGGAGCUUGUGGCUUGUACUUCAGUCUCAGUUGUUGAAAAGUUACCCUUCAAAGCUAACAUUCAUGAGCAUUCAGAGUGUAUCAAGUGCAAUUCAGUCAUUUGGCAUUGCCAUUGCUUUUGAAAGAGAUAUUGAACAAUGGAAGUUAGGUUGGAACAUGAGACUAUUAGCUGUUGUUUAUUGUGGGAUACUAGUGACUGCAGUUGCCUACUAUUUGCAAGCUUUGGUGAUUGAGAAGAAAGGACCAGUUUUUCCAGCAACUUGGAACCCACUUAGUUUUAUUAUUGCCACAAUUGGUUCUGUGUUACUAUUGGAAGAGCCACUAUAUUUAGGAAGUGUUUUUGGUGGAAUUUUGCUGGUUUUAAGUUUGUACACUGUUUUGUGGGCAAAAAGCAAAGAAGGGAUCACUCAAAAUCACAAUUCCUUACCUAUUCAACCAUACAAAGAAUGUGCAGAAAUAAAAACAGAGGUCCCAUGUAGCAAACCACCCCAAUGA